AUGGGGGCGGAAAUCCACUGGGAUGAAGUCUACCCUGCUGAUUGGAUGCAGACAGUGUGGAGAGGCGUGGGUUCCUCCAUUCCCACCUCGCAGCUUCCCCCUCAUGGAAUCUCCACUUCGCCUCCUCCAGUCUCCUCCACCUCCAGGCUGUCAGGCAUGGGGGUCUCUGCUGACUGCAUGCAGGGCUUGUACCUUGCGAAACAGAGCUUAUCAUUUGUGAGCUAG